GUUCAUAUUGCUCGCCACAGACGGACCGCUCGAAUUGAAUCACUUGUUCUUGACUCACCAUGUCGUCUACCUAUGUCCACUACUCCACCCCAUCUUCUCUCCCUUCGGACUACGCUCUGCUCUCGCGGUUUGCAGCUGCCAGAGGCAUAAGCGAGGGACCAGAGCAGGCCAAUGACCCUCAACCUCACACAGCAGACGAAACUGCUAUAAACGAAGACAACGAGGACGUGCUGCCGUCAUCUUCUCUACUGCCGCAAAAACGACCUCGCCGUAGUAGCUUUCCUACGGCCUACGUGACUCCCUUCAACCCAACGAGCAUGGGACCGCUGCCAGACAAGUCCGGGUACCGCUCAGGCCCUAUGCUUGAACCCACCGAGAAUACCCCGCUGCUCGCGCCGCCAGUUCCACGGAUACCUGAGGAGGUCGACGGGGAGAACCUAUCGCCAGAGUCGGGCGCGCGUCCAAAUGUUAUCUGGGAGGAGAUGUGCAUCCUUACCAAGUAUACGCUGCCUGUGUUUGGGUGAGUGGAUCGGUCUUCUUGUG